CAGAAAGAGAACCGAUCAGAUUACUGACAGAUAGAGCGUCCCCCUCGAGAGGCGUAGUCAACUACUAUAUGCAUACACAACAAGACUAGUUAUACAGACAUAGCAAGGGACAAUACGUCACUUAAACAGCAUUACACAACUUCCUGGUCCGAGAGCACAUGUCACGCACUUGCUUCUAGAGUUACAGUGGCCGCCUUACCUAUCACAAGACACUUGUUGACUGAAUACCUUCACAAUGGAUGGACGUAGGAAGCCCUCUCGGAAAGAUUCCAUGGACGCCUACUAUACAAGUUGGCAGCACUGGUUUCCUUCUACCGAUUAUGUGUUUAAUGGGCACACAACCCGCUACACGUCCAAGGACAUCGACGUUGACCCCAGCAUGCAGGGGUCAUACAGUGAGGCCACGUCAGAAGCACCAUCACGCUCUACACCCCGCACUGGUUACAUUGUAAUCUGCAUCUUGGUCAUCCUUAUUGUCGCUGGCGUCGUCGCUGCCAUCGUCACCGCUGUUCUCUUGACCAAUGGUGCCAAGUAUCAGUACACAAGAGCGGAGGUAAAGCUUCGCGUAUUAAAUGUCAACUAUACCGAGGCACUGUCGGAUAAAACGUCUCCCGAAUUUACAGCACUUCAAAAUAACUUCUGUUCAAAUGUGGGCAACGCUGUGGAUAAAGACAAAACUACAACCGGGUACCAGGGAUGUGCAGUUAAAAGUGCCAGAAAUGGCUCUGUCGUCAUUGUGGCUCUUUUCUACUUCACUGCCCAAAACUCAGCUCCUGUGCAGGUUGCAGUGACAAACAUCUUCAAACCCCCCUCAUCCACAUCCUCAUCCUCAGUUACGAGAGUAUCUAUCUACGUCAUCGCUUCAGAGUCUGUGACAGUUGUUGUUACCACUGUAGACGAGACGAGUCAGGAAAAACCCGCAGUAAAGCCCGUGGCCGAAAAUACUCAAACUUCAAGCCCGGAUGUAAUUCUCCAAACAUCAAGCCCGGAUGUAGUUGUCCAAACAUCAAGCCCGGAUGUAGCUGUCCAAACAUCAAGCCCGGAUAUAGUUGUCCAAACAUCAAGCCCGGAUGUUGUUUUCCAAACAUCAAGUCCAGAUGUAGUUCUCCAAACUUCAAGCCAAGAUGUAGUUCUCCAAACAUCAAGUCCAGAUCUAGGUGUCCAAGCAACAAGCCCGGGUGUAGCUCUCCAAACAUCAAGUCCAGAUGUAGUUCUCCAACAUUCAAGCCAAGAUGUAGUUGUCCAAACAUCAAGCCCGGAUGUAGUUCUCCAAACAUCAAGCCCGGAUGUAGUUGUCCAAACAUCAAGCCCGGAUGUAGUUGUCCAAACAUCAAGCCCGGAUGUAGCUGUCCAAACAUCAAGCCCGGAUGUAGUCCUCCAAACAUCAAGCCGGGAUGUAGUCCUCCAAACAUCAAGCCCGGAUGUAGUUGUCCAAACAUCAAACCCGGAUGUUGUUCUCCAAACAUCAAGCCCGGAUGUAGUUCUCCAAACAUCAAGCCCAGAUGUUGUUAGCCAAAAAUUAAGUUCGGUUGUAGCUGUCCAAACAUCAAGCCCGGAGGUAGCUGUCCAAACAUCAAGCCCGGAUGUAGUCCUCCAAACAUCAAGCCGGGAUGUAGUUGUCCAAACAUCAAGCCCGGAUGUAGUUAUCCAAACAUCAAGCCCAGAUGUUGUUGGCCAAAAAUUAAGUUCGGUUGUAGCUGUCCAAACAUCAAGCCCGGAGGUAGCUGUCCAAACAUCAAGCCCGGAUGUAGUCCUCCAAACAUCAAGCCGGGAUGUAGUUGUCCAAACAUCAAGCCCGGAUGUAGUUCUCCAAACAUCAAACCCGGAUGUUGUUCUCCAAACAUCAAGCCCGGAUGUUGUUCUCCAAACAUCAAGCCCGGAUGUUGUUGUCCAAACAUCAAGCCCGGAUGUUGUUGUCCAAAUAUCAAGCCCUGGUGUAGUUGUCCAAACAUCAAGCCCGGAGGUAGCUGUCCAAACAUCAAGGCCGGAUGUUGUUGUCCAAACAUCAAGCUCGGAUGUAGUUGUCCAAACAUCAAGCCGGGAUGUAGUUAUCCAAACAUCAAGCCCGGAUGUAGUUGUCCAAACAUCAAGCCCGGAUGUAGUUGUCCAAACAUCAAGCCCGGAUGUAGUUUUCCAAACAUCAAGCAGGGAUGUAGUCCUCCAAACAUCAAGCCCGGAUGUAGUUCUCCAAACAUCAAACCCGGAUGUUGUUCUCCAAACAUCAAGCCCGGAUGUUGUUCUCCAAACAUCAAGCCCGGAUGUUGUUGUCCAAAUAUCAAGCCCUGGUGUAGUUGUCCAAACAACAAGUCCAGAUGUAGUUGUCCAAACAUCAAGCCCGGAUGUAGUUGUCCAAACAUCAAGCCCAGAUGUUGUUGUCCAAAAAUUAAGUUCGGUUGUAGUUCUCCAAACAUCAACCCCGGAUGUUGUUCUCCAAACAUCAAGCCCGGAUGUAGCUGUCCAAACAUCAAGCCCGGAGGUAGCUGUCCAAACAUCAAGCCCGGAUGUAGUCCUCCAAACAUCAAGCCCGAAUGUAGAUGUCCAAACAUCAAGCCCGAAUGUAGAAAUCCAAACAUCAAGCCCGGGUGUAGUUGUCCAAACAUCAAGCCCGGAUGUAGAUGUCCAAACAUCAAGCCCGGAUGUAGUUCUCCAAACAUCAAGCCCGGAUGUAGCUGUCCAAACAUCAAGCCCGGAGGUAGCUGUCCAAACAUCAAGCCCGGAUGUAGUCCUCCAAACAUCAAGCCCGGAUGUAGUUGUCCAAACAUCAAGCCCGGAUGUAGUUAUCCAAACAUCAAGCCCGGAGGUAGCUGUCCAAACAUCAAGGCCGGAUGUUGUUGUCCAAACAUCAAGCUCGGAUGUAGUUGUCCAAACAUCAAGCCGGGAUGUAGUUCUCCAAACAUCAACCCCGGAUGUAGUUGUCCAAACAUCAAGCCCGGAUGUAGUUGUCCAAACAUCAAGCUCGGAUGUUGUUGUCCAAACAUCAAGCCCGGAUGUAGUUCUCCAAAGAUCAACCCCGGAUGUUGUUCUCCAAACAUCAAGCCCGGAUGUAGUUGUCCAAACAUCAAGCUCGGAUGUUGUUGUCAAAACAUCAAGCCGGGAUGUAGUUGUCCAAACAUCAAGCCCGGGUGUAGUUAUCCAAAGAUCAAGCCGGGAUGUAGUUGUCCAAACAUCAAGCCCGGAUGUAGUUAUCCAAACAUCAAGCCCGGAGGUAGCUGUCCAAACAUCAAGGCCGGAUGUAGUUGUCCAAACAUCAAGCUCGGAUGUAGUUGUCCAAACAUCAAGCCCGGAUGUAGUUCUCCAAACAUCAACCCCGGAUGUAGUUGUCCAAACAUCAAGCCCGGAUGUAGUUGUCCAAACAUCAAGCUCGGAUGUUGUUGUCCAAACAUCAAGCCCGGAUGUAGUUCUCCAAACAUCAACCCCGGAUGUUGUUCUCCAAACAUCAAGCCCGGAUGUAGUUGUCCAAACAUCAAGCUCGGAUGUUGUUGUCAAAACAUCAAGCCCGGAUGUAGUUGUCCAAACAUCAAGCCCGGAUGUAGUUCUCCAAACAUCAACCCCGGAUGGUGUUAUCCAAACAUCAAGCCCGCAGGUAGCUGUCCAAACAUCAAGCCCGGAUGUUGUUGUCCAAACAUCAAGCCCGGAUGUAGUUGUCCAAACAUCAAGCCCGGGUGUAGUUAUCCAAACAUCAAGCCGGGAUGUUGUUCUACAAACAACCAGCCCGGAGGUAGCUGUCCAAACAUCAAGCCCGGAUGUAGUCCUCCAAACAUCAAGCCCGGGUGUAGUUGUCCAAACAUCAAGCCCGGAUGUUGUUGUCCAAACAUCACGCCCGGAUGUAGCUGUCCAAACAUCAAGCCCGGAUGUUGUUGUCCAAACAUCAAGUUCUGUUGGUAUUAGCAGUGGUUCAGCUGUCGAAUCAGCAAGCCUUGAUGUAUUAAACACAUAUUUAAGUCUCAUGACAAGUCCUGUUACGUCUGACUACACAUCUGCGUCGAUAUAUCCUUCCCCAACAUCAUACGACGCCUCAUCCACCGGCCUUCCAACAACAUCACUUCCUCCACCGACGUUGAUGAUGGACGAUGUCAGUGUCCACCAAGGAGGCGGGGACGUGGUUCUCCUUUGUCAUAUGGACAGGAAUUACACAUUCAGCAGUGUGCACUUCCUCAAGAAUAACGCUCUCCUGGGUCAGUCUCCAGACAUCAGCGAGGACAGGACUGAGUUCACGUACAUGAUAAGUGAUCCACGUUGCACUGACUCUGGGGAAUAUGAAUGUCGUGUCGUGGGCGAGGAAGGGAAUCUCACAACGGCGGCUAAUUUAACAGUUCUUGUUCAUUCAGGGAAGCCGACCUUGACCUUGCCGUUUGAGAUCGUUGAGGGCAGAUGGAAGGAGACGUCACUGUUUGUGUGCUCCUACAGACAGGGUAUCCCUCCAGCUGAGGUGUACUGGAGUGCUACACUGGCCAAUGGUACGACACUAGACAGACUGAACUUCAUCACACAGGAGUCUGUGGCCGAGAACCAGACUGACGCGUGUACCCUGGAAGCAACCUCCCAGUUUUACUAUGCCUUCAGCAUGGCCUGGAAUGCCUCCAGCGUCUGCUGUAACGUCAAAGAAGGAGCAAAUGCUACAACAGCCUGUGGGGAUGUCUAUGUUAUUCCAUCGGACACGUGCGUGAACCAGACUGGAAAGUUUGAGCAUCCCUACACUUGUCAACUCUGGAUUGAAUGUGUCUCUGAUGUAGUGUACAUCGCGACAUGCCACAAGGGAUAUUGCAUUGAUCUGCAGAACGAUGUGUGUGUGGCAGGACCUAGUGAUGGUCCAACAGGUUCAUUCUCCUGUGAAGGCAGAGUGAGUGGCGACCGCAUACCACGUGGUGACACCUACCCCAGUCACUGCAAAGAGUACUACUGGUGUGUAAACGGAGCUCCCGUUAACACCACGUGUCCUGGAAGUUCCUAUUUCAUCGGGAAUGCCACACCAACUACGGCCUGUACCGAGGAUUACGCACUUUCAUAUUGUGCUCUGAAAGCUGCGAAUGAAACUGUGAAUGGAAAUGAGACAGGAACGACCGUGGCGCCAGCUGAAACCACUACGACAGAUCCAUUCUCCUGCAAAAGCAGAGCAACUGGCGACAACAUACCUCGUGAAUACACUCACCCAAGCCACUGCAAGGAUUAUUAUUGGUGUGUAAACGGGGCUCCCAUCAACAGAACAUGCCCGGGAAGUUCCUAUUUCAUCGCUAAUGCGACACAAGCUUUGGCCUGUACCAGCGAUUAUGCACUUUCAUUUUGUGAACAGAAAAGAACCCCAUCCUCUGAUGAUGGUAAUACAACUGGAAAUGCAACAGUCACUACCAGGGAUCCAGCAGAGUUCACCACGUCAGCUCCUCCUUCCAAAUGUGACUGCAGCGUUUACACCUACAUCGCCAGAGAGAGCACCUACCCUGGCAACUGCACUGAGUACUACUGGUGUGUAAAUGGUGUGAAGACCCCUGGGGAUUGUGGCGGUGGACAGCAGGUGUAUUUCAACAUUUCAGAGGCCAUCCUACCUUGCACAAACAUACCCACAGACUACUACUGCAAACAUGUAGACGAUGGUACACUCGAACCUUGCUCAUGAAGACACAUGCUCACAGACAUGCGCGCGCAAGACGCAGGAUGCACAGAUUGAUGACACUGAUGGACGUUCAAUGGACAGUUGACGGACAUCAACACGCAUCAGGACUUUUCUGCUUUCGUCUUAAGCGCCCCGAUACAUGGAUAAUGCAGGCAUUUCCAUUACCAUAAUGCGUAGGCACUGGUUCAACGCAUUGGUGGGCGUGUUAGGACAAAUGUACAUCUAUAACUGUUAUUACUUCGAACUACUACUGAAGUUGCUUUUAUGUUUCCGGAAAUAUGUAUAGGUGUAAUAUUCAUAUUUGAUGCACAUGAUGCACCUUAUCAUAAUGCCAUAUCAGCACACCAAAGUAUACGUCAUCUGCUACCAGGAAGGUUCACUAGGGUAUCCGUAAGCUAUGUUCAAUACAUUUCGGGACUAUCUCACAGUGACAUGCUGCCCGCUACACUGCCGUAAUAAUGAGUGAUGCAUGCAUUUCAUUUCGAUCUUUGUCGUUUGACUUUUAAAGGUGUAUGUGCAAGCAAUGGGUCAAUACGUUUGGGUCGAUAUGGGUAGAGUGGUAAGUGAAAAACAGUAUCUCUCAUAAGUAGUUAGCGGAGAGAAUUUCAUGUUUCGAAAGAAUUACCAUAUAUUUUACGUCUCGAUAGAAAAUAGCAGAGCCAUCUCUAAAUGUACAAAAUGCAUUGCUCUAUAGCGGCAGAGUAACUGUUGAAAUAGGCCAAAGCUGUACAAAGUGUCAUGUUUAAAUAUCAUCUCACAAAAGACUACUGUGCAAAUAAAUUAUCUUUUUAUGUAUUAGUGACAUGUUUUCUUGUCGGAAAUUAUGUUUGGACAGAAAUGAUGAUGAUUAAUAUUAAAUUUACGUUUAACCUUGAUAGAGUCGGAUAACAUUGUGUAUGAGCUUAAUCACGACAAUCUAAGAUAUAUAAAAAAGGGUGGUUAAAAAACACGGAGGAAUAAAAUCGCUACGUUAUGGUAAGGAAGGAACUUAUACAGUAUAGGGGGAAAUUGUCACGUUCUUGGCAGCUUAACGUCUAUUUAUAUUGUUCCUAUUUUAUGAUUGUAAUAUGUAUAUUAUUGAUGUAUGUGUAUCUCAUAUUUAUUCCGAUAUAUGUUGUGUUUAAGUAUGCAGUGAUUACUCAUCUAAUGAACUGAAAAAAAGGAGUUUAUAAAUUAGGGUAUUAAGACGGUAAUGUCUUUCCUGAAUACUGCAGUGCUAAAAUGGUUCCAUAUGAUUGAACCCAGCUUGGUAUACUCCCAUAAACCGGUGUUCUUUUACUGAGUAAAACAAAACAAGACUGGUUGAGUUUACUCACCAUUCUAUACAACUAAAACGACCAGUGUGUAUAUAUUUUAUAAGCUAUUGCAGCCAGUGCUGGCCUAAUGUGCAUGUUCAGUUUUAAAGUCUAAUUGUUUUAUCAAAGAUGCCUUUUUCAGAAAUGUGUAUAUACAUGUCAUUACAUUUUAUGUAUGAUAUAGAUGUCUCAUGGAUACAACGCACACUACAUGGUGUUUAUCUUCAAAGUAGAUACAGAAGAUGACAUAAUUAAAAGCUUUUGUACUGGUACCAACAUAUCACAAUUCCAGCCAUACAGUAAAUAAACUUAUAAAAAACUGAA